CGGACGCUUUGUGCCCCUGCCGUAGCCUCAGGCGCGGACUUUGAAGAAAAACUGUCGCGGAGGCGUCAUGGUGCCACCGAGACCGGCCGCAGCCGCGGAAGAGCGGCAGAGAAAGCUCCAGGAGUACCUAGCAGCCAAGGGAAAACUGAAGUGCCAAAGCACCAAGCCCUAUCUAAAAGCCAAGAGUAAUUGUCUGAAUCCUCCACCUUCUAAAUCUCAUACUAUACCCAAAAAGGAUGUUACCAAUCGUGUUGCUUUGCCUACCAAAGCUACAAGACCCAUCAGCCUUAAACUCCAACCCAGACCUGCCAAUAUCACAGGACUGCAGAAGCCAAAGUUGGAGGCACCAAAACUUCUGGGCAAAAGGCUGACUUCAGGAUGUGUUUCUUCUAACUCAAACUGUAAGCCUUCCAGCAAUAGUCAACAACAGCAUAAAGCUGGAUCAUCCACUACUGGAGAACUAGCUAGAAAAACUUUGGGGUCACUUAGUAUUCAAGAAUUGAAAACUGCAAAGGAGCAAGUAGCAGAUCAAGGAAAUACUAAAUGUGCAGACUCUGUGGACAAUAACCAUAUCAAAAAUGAACACUCGGAUAGCAGUCUAAAAGAGAUAAACAAAGAGAACUUGCCCCAAACCUUAUCAGACUAUGAAAGGAAGUCAAAUCCUGAAUUACGGACAGUAUGUAAGCCAAAGACUAACUCUUAUAAUCACGUCAAGAGCAGUCUGGCUCCUAAACAAGCCUUGGGCAAAAGUUCAGGUAAUGGUGCUACUCUGAAAGACAGAGUUAAUAAACCAUUUGUUGGAAAAACACAAAUUAGGAUUCCACCAGUAAAGUCACAGCAACUAUCUAGAGGAACAAAUCUUAUGAGACCAGGAGAGAAACUCCCAAAGACAGUUCCCUCUCACAACGUUCAGACCCUUAGUAGGACUCAGGCACCAAAGAAACCACUGGUCAAGGACAUAAAGGAUAUAAAGGUUAAUAGGGAUAAAUAUGAAAGACCAAAUGAAACUAAGUUACAGUCACACAGUGUUACUGAACAGAAAGUAAAACAAACCAAACCCUGGACAUGCCCCAAUGUGCUUCAGGAAGGCUUUACUAACAGACAUCCAGGCAUUAAGCAAGAUCAGAAAUCCACUCAACCUUGUUUUAGAACUCGGACAUCAUGUGCAUUGCAAAAAUCAAAAGCCAUAAGCCAAAAGCCUAAUUUGGCAGUUGGCAGUUUUAAUUCAGUCAUUCCAAGCACUCCUAACAUAACAGUAAAUGGAACCAAUGGGAAUAAAUGCAGCAACAACUAUCAACAAAAAGCACAGACUUUGGACUCCAAGUUGAAAAAGACUCUUUCCCAGAACCAUUUUCUGAAUAAGACAGCUCCCAAACCUCAAGCUGGUAACAAAACCAUAAAUGGAAGAAGAGUCCCAAAUGGGGCCCAGACUAAUCCAAAUAUUAAGAAGAUCACAGCAGAGGAUCGAAGGAAACAAUUGGAAGAAUGGCAGAAAUCUAAGGGGAAAAUCUAUAAACGGCCUCCUAUGGAACUUAAAACAAAAAGAAAAAUAAUAGAGGAAAUGAAUAUUUCAUUCUGGAAGAGUAUGGAAGAAGAAGAUGAAGAAAAGAAAGCACAACUUGAACUGUCCAAUAAAAUUAACAAUACUCUAACACAGUGUCUGCAGCUCAUUGAGGAGGGUGUACCAUCUAAUGCAAUAUUUGCCAUCUUGUCCAGUAUUCCUGAGGUCGAAAAAUUUGCUAAAUUCUGGAUCUGUAAAGCAAAGGUGUUGGCAAGUAAAGGCACCUUUGAUGUUAUUGGGCUGUACGAAGAGGCCAUUAGAAAUGGGGCAACACCAAUACAAGAGUUACGGGAAGUUGUUCUUAAUAUUUUGCAAGACCCAAACAGAACGACAGAAGGAGUUACCCCCGACUCUUCAGUUGCUGAGACAAAUAUAAUAGCAACGGAAGAACUGGCCAAUAAGACAGAAUCUGAAAAGUCUUGUCUUUCUCUGAAAGAGAGAGAACAGGUUACAGCAACACCCCAAAUAACCAAGGCAGAAGAGGAUAAUCAUCCUGGUAUCAAAUUACAGAUUGCCCCGAUCCCUAGGGUAAGCGGAAUGCCGGAAGUACAGGACAUGAAACUCAUCACCCCUGUGCGGCGCUCGGCAAGGAUUGAGCGGGCUGUGGCCCGCUACCCGGAAAUGCUGCAGGAACACGACUUAGUAGUGACUUCUCUUAACGAGCUGUUAGAAGUGGAAGAAACAGAGUGUUUUAUAUUCCGUAAAAAUGAGGCUUUGCCUGUAACAUUAGGGUUUAAAAUCCUCGAGUCAUAAUUUCUUAAUGCCUUUUUUUUUUUUUAAGGUGUUUCAGAGCCUCCGUGAAACAAGAAAUACCCUUGGCCAGGUGACCUGGACAAAAUUAUAUAACGGACAGGCAGACUGUGGGCUCUUAGGAUUUAGUCACUCACUGGGGUUACUCUCGAAUUUAAUAUCCCCACAGGACUGUCUUUGGUUUAUUUAAGACUAUAGUUUGCCACAGUUUGAUAGUACAUAAAUUUUAAGCUAUUGAAUAUUCAUUUACCCCACAAGUAUGGUAAAAAUUUCCACCUUAUUGACCUAAUUUACUCUCAGUGUAGUUUCUUUUUUUACAUCAAGAGGCUGGUGCUGCAGGAUGAUGGACUUUCCUUCCUGCAUCCGCCUUAGCAGAGAGGGCGAGGCCUAUCUGCCCUGAGGGGAGCUUCGAAGCUAGCCUUCUGGACCAGAUGCCAUGCGACAGACUAAUCAAAUCCCCUCAUUUUACAGAGCUGACGCUAGCUAUGCUUUUGCUCAGAGAUCCCAGAUGACUUUUGUGUGCAACUCUGACUUCUGUCACAGUGUCCCUACAGAUGAGGGGCAAUUCCCAUCCUGGCUAUGCCAGGGCUUCUCCAGUGGAACACAGUUCUGAACUGCGGUAGUCGUCUAGCUUUUAUAUCCAAAGCUAAUUUUGCAUUUGUUAUUCAGAAGUGCUUCAAAGAAAAACAAAAGGGAGCAGGGGAGAGGGGAGGGGAGGGUCACUUGCUUCUUCACUUCAAUUCUUUGCUACAGGACACCUGACCUGAGAAGACAGUACAAGCCCCAGAGACUAUUAUAGGUUGCCUUUCCUUCUUCCUGGGCAACUGUUCUUGGAAAGUUAAAAUUAGAAUCAUUAUGUAAAUAUAAUGUAUAGAAAAACCUAGCCGACAUAUUGUGAAUUUUAAAAUUUUAGCUUUCUUAAUAUUUAAGUAUUAUCUAAAACAAAAAAAUUAAACUUUGUUCAUUCCUGCUUAUUCAUUUAUUUUAUUUAU